GCACCGCCCCCGCCCGGUCCCCGCCGCCGCCGCCGCCGCCACCGCCUGCCCAGCGGCCCGGGAGGCGGAGGCGCGGGGGAGGAGGCCCCGCUUGGCUCCGCAGCCCCGGAUGCUGCAUGACUUCAUCUUUCCGCCGGCUCCCCUGCUGAGCUAGGGCCGGUCCGGCAGCUAGCCCGCCGCCCGCGCCCCGCCGCAGUCCCGCGCCCACCCCGCACCCGCCAUGUCCGAAAUCCUGCCCUACAGUGAGGACAAGAUGGGCCGCUUCGGCGCCGACCCCGAGGGCUCUGACCUCUCCUUCAGCUGCCGCCUGCAGGACACCAACUCCUUCUUCGCGGGCAACCAAGCCAAGCGACCCCCCAAGCUGGGCCAGAUCGGCCGAGCCAAGAGAGUGGUGAUCGAGGAUGACCGGAUAGACGACGUGCUGAAAGGGAUGGGGGAGAAGCCGCCGUCCGGAGUGUAGACGCGCCGGCUCAGGCGGCGGGCUCCGGGCCCAGCCCCGCGGCGGCCAGGACCGCGGGCCGGCGAUGCGGCUGCCGGCGCCCCCCGCCCCGGCCCAGGCGCCCGCGGGCGGGGGCUGCAGGGCCGCGCCGCUUUUGGGUCAUAGUCGCUGCCGCCGCCGCCAGGCACUCCGGAGCUGUCCGCUUCAGCACCACGGCGGCGGCGGUAGCGGCGGCGCGGACCGGCCCGGAGCCCGCCGCCGCGCUCAUGCACUUUAGAACCUCGGGCCGCAGCCCCACCCCGCACACCGGAACGGACAGAGACCCGCGGCCCUCAGCCCCGGCCCGUCCC